AUGUUUAAGACUGCAGCCGCUCUGCUCUCCGCCUUACUGUGUGGAUUUCUGUCUUUGGAUGUUGUGAGCUCGGAAUGUAAAGUCGAGGACCCUGUGAAUCAGUGUGGUGGAUUCUGCUUCAGAUCGCUGUGGCCGAUACUGGAUCACGUUGCCUAUCACCAAGGCUCGGGAUUGAAUCUCACCGAUUUCCAUCAACAAGGCUCUCAAGUUCAGCUGGACAACAUUGAACGACAACUGGCUGCCCAGCAACAGGUCAUAUCCAACCUGGCGUCAUUGCAAAGUAAAGCAAAGAAGGGCCUCCCAAAGAACUUUGAGCUGGUCGGCACAGGAUUUUAUUAUAUUGAACGAAACAAUAAGCUGAAUUGGUUUGCCGCUGAAGAUUUUUGUCGUCGAAUGGGAGGUCACCUGGCGAGUAUUCGCAGCGACGUUGAAUUGGCCGCCAUCAACGCCAAGCUGCCAUCCUCAACUGAAUUCUGGAUAGAUAUUAAUGAUCUCGCAAACAGGGGCGAGUACACGUCCUUGACAUCAGGGAAGCGACCAAGAUUUAUGAGUUGGGAAAAGGAUCAACCAACUCGAGCAAACAGCGAUCGUUGUGUUCUUCUGUACAAACAGAUGUAUGAUAGAGAAUGUGAGCAGGCAACUUUGUUCAUUUGCCAAGCAGGAGAUGAAAUUGAGUGA